GUUUUAGAGAUGUUCGGACGAAUAUUCGCAAUCGCUGCCGUUUUAAGUAUUGCAAAUGCUGAAUUUCUUAAUCUCAAUGAUCUCCCUGAUGACUUCAAAGAAAUUGUUCCCAAGGAGGCUAAAGACUUCCUCAUGGGAUUGACUCCAGCAGAUAAAAAAGUGAUUGAAGAGGUUACCAGAGACUACUCUACCAAAAGCGAGGACGAGGCUCUGGCUGCUCUGAAAGCAAAAUCUCCAGAGCUGGGAGCUAAGGCUGAAAAGCUUCAUUCAAUGGUGAGAGAAAAGGUCGAUGCCCUUGGUGACGAGGCUAAAGCGUUUGUCAAAGAGGUACUUGCUGACAUGCGCCAUGUACAUUCUCAAAUUAUUAUUGGCAAAAUGCCAAGCAUAAAUGAGAUGAAAGAGAAAAGUCAGAAUGCCAUCAACAAGUACAAGGCUUUAUCGGACUCCGCCAAAGAUGACCUACAGAAGCAAUUCCCCAUCCUGUGCUCAGUGUUCAAAAGCGAAAAACUGCAAAAACUUGCUGAGAAACUACUAUCGAAGAACUGA